AUGCAGUUCAAUAUCUACGCAUUCGGCGAGAGCAUCAGUGGACUGCAGGUCUACUACGCAGACGGUGUGGCCUCGAUUGGAGACCCGAGUCAGUCCAACGCAACCGACGUGCUUCCAGUCUACUUCACAGCCUCCAGUACCAGCUCCGAUCAAUACACUUGGACGGCGCAUUCCGCUUCUGAAGUUCAAUCUGCGGCCGUGUCCGAUAAAGUCCUGUACUUGGCCAAUGAUGGUAGCGAUAAAGUUGGCUUUGUGUCUUCCUCCGAGAGAAGUGCUACUGACAGCAAGCUGACCAACGUCUGGUGGCUUUACGGUCGCUAUGUCAUGACCAAGAUUGAUGGUGCAACAUUUUAUGCGGAGCCCACCUCAAAUGGAUGGUAUAAAUUGACGUGGAGUACGGCGGAUCAAUCAGGAACGAACAAAAAGCUGGUCACAUUGCGAACUAUCGAGCCCUCGACAAACUCCGUUCUGGCCUGA